AUACUAUCAAGGGUUAAAAGUAUGCUUCUUAAAACCCUUUUCACAUCUGUAGUGUAUGCUACAGUGACCCACGCUUUAGUCAUUCCUGACGUUGCUUCAUUCUUUGAUAUUAAUACUUAUUUACCAAAUGUGCAAAUCCCAUUAAUUAAUAAGGAACAACCUGAUAGUGAUUACUUGAUCUCGACUUCUGAAGGUAUUUUGUCUAAUCCAAUCAACAAGAUUGUUCCACAUCACUAUAUUAUUGUUCUCAAGGAUGACUUAUCUGAAACUCAAUUAUUUCAACAUAGAUCUUGGGUUGAAAACCAAUACCAAGAAAUGUUAAAGGUUAAUACUCACCAAGGUCAUUUUAAUCCCUUGGAGUUUUUCCAUAUUGAUAACUUCUUCCUGGGAUAUAGUGGAUUUUUCUCUGAUGAAUUAAUUAAACAAAUUGUCGAUAAUCCGCAUGUCUUGUUUGUCGAGCGUGAUUCCGUGUUUACUGUUGACGAAUUUGACGUGCAAGAGAAUGCACCAUGGGGUAUUUCCAGAGUCAGCCACCGUGAAAAUAACAUUCUUAAGAGGGCCGAAGAACAAGAUAAGAGAACUGGUGAAUAUUUGUUUGAUAAUGAAGGUGGUGAAGGUGUUACUGCUUAUGUUAUCGAUACCGGUAUUAAGGUUGAACAUAAAGAUUUUGAGGGCCGUGCAACUUGGGGUGCCGCUGUUGCAUUCCCUAAAUUAAAAAUUGAUGGUCAUGGUCAUGGAACUCAUUGUGCUGGUGUUAUCGGUUCAAAGACUUACGGUAUUGCCAAAAAAGUUGAACUUGUUGCUGUUGGUGUUAUGAACUUGUUAGGUUCAGGUACAACCUCGGAUAUUAUCAAGGGAAUUGAAUUUGUUGUCCAACAGCACCAAGAUGCAAUUAAAACUAAGAAGGCUGGAUUCAAGGGCUCCACCGUUAAUAUGUCUAUUGGUGGUGGUAUUUCUGAAGCUCUUGAUUUGGCAGUUAAUGCAGGUACCAAAGCUGGAUUGCACAUCGCCGUAGCUGCUGGUAAUGAUAACAAGGAUGCGUGUGAAUACUCUCCAGCAAGAGCUCAAGGUCCAAUAACUGUUGGUGCCACCAACUUUAAGGAUGAACGUGCAAGUUUCUCAAAUUUUGGUAAAUGUGUGGAUAUUUUUGCUCCUGGUCAAGAUAUUGAAUCCACUUUUAUUUGGUCAGAUCUGAUUGCCAUGUCAGGUACAUCAAUGGCAUCUCCUCACGUUGCUGGUUUAUUAAGUUAUUAUUUAUCUUUGCAACCGGAUAUUAAUUCUGAAUUCUAUACCAACUUGAUUGAACCAGCAACUUUGAAGCGAAGACUUACUACGUAUGGUACUAAGGGUAGACUUACAAAUUUGGAUGGUGCAAGUCCAAAUAUUUUGGCUUAUAAUGGAGCAGGCGGUAAUUUGACGGAAUUUUGGAAUUUGUGAUGGGAAAUAGUAUUUUAGAAUAAAUAAUACAAGUGAAUUAAAUGAAGCAGUAUUGUAAGAAAGUAGUAACGUUACAUGUUAUUGAGAAUGUUUGAAUAGGGAUAUUGAACUAACCUGAUUAAAUCUUACAUGUUGAGUUGUUGCAAAAUCCACAGCGGCAUGGUUUGCAGUAGUGGUGAAGACUCAAACCUGGGAAGGGGCAAGGGUGUGGUCAGAUACAUUGGUCAAUGACAUACUCAAUGUUUUGAAAAAGUUGACCAGGAGUGUCCAAAAUUGUGCAACAUUUGGAUUAAAAAGGAAAAUAGAAAACUUUGAAUAAACCUAAUUCAAAUGACGUUUCAAGAUGAAGAGAUACUGGCCAAUAGGUGAGAAGUUUUCUCAGUAUAUUGCUAGAUAUAACCCGUUUAGUUUUGUACCCCUAUACAUAUAGUUUGGAUACAACCACCAUAUCGUAGUUAAUAUAGGUUGAUUAUCGUUU